AUGGCUAAACGUAUGCGAUCCGAUGCAGUUCGAUUAUCUUCAGAAGAUUAUAAGUUUAUUAUGCAAUAUCGAGAUGCAAAACCUAAAUCUGACGUUUUAAAGAAGUUAAGAGAAAGAUAUCCUAUGACAAAUAACCGAUUUUAUAAAAUUUGGAGAGGACAGGAAGAUAGUAUGGUAGAAUGGCAUCAACCUAUAUCAAAUUCAAUGGUAUCUAUAAGUCAGGAUUUAUCUAUACCCGAAUCACACUUACCAGAUGUUAAUCAAGUUAACAUAGCUAAAAAUUCUAGCUCCUUUGAAGUUGCUUCCAGCAAUAAGCAGAGCUCGGCGCUUCUAACACAUCAAAUUGAUGAAAAUACUUUGCAUUUGGAUUAUAUUGUUACUUCUGAUAAGCGGGUUAAAAAUAGAAAACUGAGAUCUAGGGGCAUAGCUUAUCCCAUGUCUCAAAGAGACGCCCCUACGGGUCUGCAAAGCAAUAAAUCUGUACAAAUUUCUGAUUCAUCUAAUAACGGAGCUAGUGUCAAGGCACAUAUUGUCAAUAAGAGUGAUAUACCCAAUACCCUAACAAAAAAAGCAGAAAAAGAUGACCUAUAUACUUUAAUUGAACGUGAUCGUAAAGAAUCAGAAGUAGUUGAACGUGAAUCAAAAAGAAUUUUAGCCACAAAGUGA